AUGGUGAAUCAUGAAAUUCCAAGACUACCUUGGGAAGUUGUAGGAGCCGACAUUUGCUAUCACAAUGGCAUAGAGUACUUGGUGGUUGUUGACUUUUAUUCUUUCUUUUUCGAACUUAGGCCCGUGCAGACAACAGCCGACAAAGUGAUUGCUGCUUGCGCCGACAUAUUCGCCACACACGGCUUCCCGCAGCGCAUAUGCACCGACAAUGGGCCGCCAUUCAGCAGCCAGAACUUCCGUGAUUUUGUCGGUAAGAUUGGCUUGCACCACGUCCGUUCCAGUCCUUAUUACCCUCGAUCAAACGGAAUGGCUGAACGUGCGGUUCAAGAAGCCAAAAAACUACUGAAGAGGUAUCGGUACGGUACAGUGGAUUUUUGUGCUGCAUUGCUUGAGUGGAGAAAUACGCCUCGCGAUUCCUAUUUAGGGUCUCCGAUGCAGAGACUUAUGGGCCGACAGGCGAGGACGCUGCUACCAGUCACAGAAAGCCACCUGCGACCGCAAACCAUACCCCCUCAAGACGUGCAACGGAGGCUCCACGACAUCAGGACUAAACAACGUUCCUUCUACAACCGAGGCACAAGGUCUCUACCAGAUCUUCCUAAUGGCUCCCGCGUCACAGUGUACAGCGUGCCAUCAAAAACCUGGUCCCCUGCUACAGUUGUCAAGCCUGCCAACAGCCCGAGAGCCUACAUUAUCGAGACCGAAGAAGGGCUCCAGUUGCAGCGCACCAGGGAACACCUCCGUCUGGCACCCACUCCUGCGGCAGACUCAUUGGCGCCCACACAUGAACAUCGACUCACAGUGGGAACCACAGAGCCACAACUGCGUAGAAGCGAACGCAACCGCCGACCACCACGAAGAUACCCGAUGCCAGAACUUCCGUGAUUUUGAUUUAAUAAAA